AUGCUAGAACUAGGAUGCAUAAGAGAUGCUUUCGUUGUCCAGGAUCUCUAUGCCCCGGAGGUCUUUGGAAGUGAUGGUGUCGAGGCUUUGCUGGGACGCGGCGUCAGCCCUCACGUGUUUACCCCAGACAACCUGAUGCCAGCCGAUCUGGCACAGAAGGCAGGCCAUCGCCCAGUGAUUCAGGCACUGCACGCCCACCAGUGUCCACAGGGCGGCGCGUCUUCCAACCAACUGUACAAGGAGCUGCUAUCAACAGUCACUCGCGGGGACCACGUGCAGGAGGUGUCCCGCCUCCUGUGUAGGGGCGCCCCAGUAGAGUCUCGGGGUGGUCGCUCCGCCCUCAAACUGGCUGUCACCACCGACCGUCCACGUACUGUCAGCCUACUGCUGGCGAGCGGCGCCUCACUCUCUGCCAGCCUACUGCAGGACGCUUGGCAGAGCCCCAACGUGACCCAUCAAGUGCUAGCCACCCUCACCACCGCCUACUGCUGCCGGCUGCGUGCGGAGCAGCGUCGUCUGGUACAAGUGAGCGGCGUCCUUGUGGAUGGCAUCAAAAGUCUCCUGGAAGACAUCGAGGGGGAUACUCCGUGGCAGGCUGCCUGGAGAAGGGGCGAGGACACUAACCGAGCGACUCUCAGCGACCUGCUGGCAAAGGCCGCAGCCGCCAACUGCCCACUGACUGCAUCAUUCCUACACAGUGCAGGAGCGUGGCUUUUCUUUACCCCAGCCUCGGGCAGCAGUGCCCUGCAUGCCGCGCUGGACGCCGGCCACCAGGACAUGGCCGAGUUGCUAAUCAUGGACUUCGGGGCCUGCCCCUACGUGCCGGACUCCGGCGGUCGCCUUCCCCUCCACAUCAUGACCGACAAAGAGCAACAGCAGCUGGAGCAGAGGCUCUUCGAGGAGGAGCGGACGAAACUGGAGGAUCUUGAGCUUCGCCAGAAAGCAGAUCGCGAGAAGGCGGCGGCACGGACCGCGCUGGACGUACAGAGAGUUCUUUUCAACCCCCACAAGAAGGGCGAUGUUCAGACUGUGUCCUCAGAUGAUUGCCGCGCCUGUCUGUUGCUGGCUGUGCGGAAAGGUCUGCUACAGCUGACAUAUCUGCUGCUGCGGGAGGGUCGCCACCCACUGGACGAUGUGCUGGACAAAGCAUGCGGCACUACCGCCCUUCAUGAGGCAGCCUCGCACGGCGAGGACAGCUGCGUGGCGCUGUUGAUGAGCGCCGGCGCCAAACUUCAACAGUGUGACACCUAUGGUCAGACGCCCGGACACCUGGCCGCCAUGUUUGGCCACACAAAAACUUUUGACUUGCUGGCCCAACAAGCUGUGCAGGACCCUCCUUGUCGCGCGGGCACCACUGCUAAGGAAGUGAUGCGAGGAUUUCAGGCGUAUCUGCAGCUUUAUGAAAAAUAUGACGGUAAGCCUCUGAUCCCAUCUGAACGUCGUAAUCCCGACAGCGUCACGAAGAAACUUAUGAAGCAGAUAGAGGUUAGGAAGCUGCAGCAGGAGGCUCAACGAGUGGCUGUUGACUUGUCACGAGGCGAGGCCCUUGAAAUACGUAAGGUGGUGAUGGCGGAACUGAAAGCCAUCAUGGAUAAGGUGUCAGCCGCGUAUCCCACCUACCAAGGCGACCUGAGGCUGGCGGGCAGCUCUCGGGACGGCUCCAAGUUGUACGCCCCCGACGAGUUUGACGUAAAUAUCGUUCUUCACGAGGACGGCGUGGGAGUAAAUGUUAGUGAGAGAAGGGAGGAAGAAGCCCUGCUGAAGGGCAGGUUAGAGAUAUCUGUAAAGACCAACAACCCACACCUUCAGGGGAAUAGUUUCAUGGCCAGUCUGUACGAGAAGGUGCACCGCUGCCUCACUGGCCACACCCUGCUAGAUAAAAGACUGAGCCUGGUGCCGCCGGGCCUGACCAGCACGCAGGUGGGCGUGGGGAUCGCCCUGGCGUGGCAGGGAAAAGAAUACCCCCUGCUGCUGGUUGGCGUGGACCUGGUGCCGGUGCUGGAGGUGCCGUGGCCGAAACAAAUCCCCAGACCCUUCCUCACUCCCGCGGACACCACCACCAUACAGCUCAGUAAUGCCGCGGACGCCACAUGGCGCUGCAGCUUUGCCUUGACAGAGGCAAAGGUGCUGGAGACGUUGAGCCCCGUAGAGCGCCAGGUACAGCUGAUGGGAAAGGUACUUCUUUCCCUCCUGAAGGCAGAGCCCUGGAUGCCACGUCACAAGAAGAGCUUCUGCACCUGGUUUGACACACGGGAGUGGAAAAUUCCUGUGCCGAGCGGGUUCUGCUUCAAGAACGCAUUCCUGCGGUGGUUGGAGCAUAGGAGGUGUGAGGGUGGCAAGCAGCUUGAGGCGGGGCGGGAGGAGGACCCUGCCAGAUGGAUGGCGGAGGUGUUCAGACUGAUGUGUGCAAACCCAGAGGAAUCGCGAGAGCACCUGGCAACUCUGAACAGCUCCGCCUACUUUGGAGGGGACUGUGAGGGCCGCAAACCUGGGGACGGGGCGCCCAUCAUUGUGCAGUGUCUGGAAGAGGACCUGUAAAGUUGUGGUGUGGCUCAGCUGACCAAUGAGAUCAGAGCCAAGACAGCCAGGGAGCGGUGAGGAACAAUGCUGGCGCUGCACCUCUGCAUACUGAAGAUGUAUCUCUUUGGUGACGAUCAGCAGUGAUUCGAUCGUGUCACCCUCUGUACACCUCUCCUUCACACACACACACACACACACACACACAGGUAGAUAGAUAGAUUGGUUAUAGGCCACAGCAGUACAAUGAUUACCUAUUACUUAUUACUUUUUUUCAUAUUACAUAAAUACAUUUUGGUGUGAAAGAUUCGCCUUUUUUGUGUAAUAAGAAGUUGUAUAUUAGACUGAUGGAGUGGCCAUGGGUUCUUGUUUGGGUCCUACACUAGUGAACGUUUUUAUGUGUUUAAAUGAAAAUGAUUAGUUUGGUGAUUGGCCUUCCUCGUUUAAAGCUGCUUACUUUCGUAGAUAUGUAGAGGAUUAUUUUGUGCUUUUUAGAGACUCCACACACAUUCCGUUGUGUUUGGUGACAUUAAUUCUAGGCACCCGAAUGUAGAAUUUACUUGUUGAGUGGAGAACAAUGGUGCUCUACAUUUUCUGGAUGUACUCCAAACUCGUGUGGAUAAUAUACUUCACGCCACUGUCUACCUAAGCCAACUUUUAUUGGAUUAGGAAUAAAUUUCCCUUCUUUUGUGCCACAGCAAUUAAGACAUUGUUGUAUAGAUAGAGGUUACAGCCUAACUUCCUCUUGGGAUUUAUUUGACAAGGAGAUUAAGUUUCUUACUAUUUUUUUUUCCUUAAUAAUAGUUUUCCUCGUAAUGUUAUUAACACAGUUAUCUCAAAAUUUCUUGAUAGCAAAUUUAUCAAUCCCUCUCGCCCUUUUCAGGCUCCGGUGAUAACAAAAACUACAUUACGCUACACUUUUAUGGUCACUUGAGUUACCCUAUCAGGAAAACUCACACUACUUCUUUAAAAACAUACUAUCCUCAAACUAAAA